ACAGGCGCCCACGGGCAUCUCCAACCCUAGUUAGGGGACACUUGGAGACAACGCAGGUCGGACGUCCGCCGGCCGUUCUGGGAGUUGGUGUGCGGAGAAUGGGGGGUGCUCCCGCUCGCUUAGGGCUUUGGGUCCGGCUAGGGGUUGACCCCAAGAGGGGCUGGAUGUCGGGGCUGAGCUUUGCUUUCAGGGGACUCAAGCUUACUUGAGGUUCUGACAUUGGAUUUGUCUCGCGGGCCCUGCGCGUGCUGCGCGGGGCUCCGGAGACUGGCGAGGUAACCAGGGAGGGCAAGCACUCACCGGGGCGUCCUCCGCCCACCUCGCCCGCAGAACCAUCCAGGGGGACCACGUGCGGCUGUCGCCCGCAACUCUGCCUGUCAAGCGAGGACCGCCCCCAGGGCAGGGGAGGGGACGCGCGGGCGGGGUGGGCUGUGCCCCGCGGGAACCCCGCCGGCCUGUGCGCUUGCUGGUGCCAGCUCGGCUCGCUGCCUCGCAUUGCCACAGGCUCCUGAGAGGUCGCGGGCAGUGCCUGCGGGGAGGCGCGGGGCCCUGCUCUGUAGGGCUGAAGGCCGCCCGAGGUUCGCCAAGGCUCUGGGCUCUAGAAAGGAAGCCAAGAAAAGAAGCUGCCCAGGUGACCAGUCCUGGGAGUGCUCUCUCUCAAGGAAGCUCCGAGCGCCCAGGAGCCCUUAGCCGGGGUCCAGUGCCCUUUGAACAAUCUCCAGCUGUUCAAGGAAGUGGGGCGCCGCCGCCUCUCUUGGGACCUGGCCUGGGAUCCUUUCCCCAAACGCACCCCAGCGAUUUUUGCGCACCGCGAGCCGAACCCCUGCUGCGCGCAGCUGGCUGGGCUCAGGCGCGCUUCCUCAACGUUUCGGAGCCGCUGCCCCCAGCGAAGUCCACAUUCCAAGCUCCAGGGGCUUUGAGAGAGACGACCCCAAGGCAAGGCGUUUGGAGAGCUGCUGAGGAGCCAGGGGCUUGGAGGAGCGAGAAGACAUGUAUUUUCAGCUGAGUCUCAGAAGGGGAGAAUCUCCUGUCACCACCAGAAAAGCAACAGCCCCGAAAUGUCAUUGCAACUGACUAGCAGAGCAGAGGCCCAGGAGUCACUGGAUUGAUGAUUUAGAAUAUGCUAAAAAGCCAGUGCUUUAUUUGGGGAAUUCAGGGGCUUUCUGGUGCCCAAGACAGUGACCUGCAGCAAGGGAGUCAGAAGACAGAUGUAGAAAUCAAGAGUGACCAUCCACGGGAUUGACUUGGAUUGCCACUCAAGCGGUCCUCUCAUGGAAUGUUGGUGAGACCCGCUGCCAGGGAAGCAAUCUGGCUGUGCAAAGUGCUGCCUGGUGGGGAGGACUCCUGGAAAUCUGACUGACCCCUAUUCCCUGCUUAGGAACUUGAGGGGUGUCAGAGCCCCUGGUGUGCUUUCUCUUAGGAAGAUGAGGACUCUGAACACCUCUGCCAUGGACGGGACUGGGCUGGUGGUGGAGAGGGACUUCUCUGUUCGUAUCCUCACUGCCUGUUUCCUGUCGCUGCUCAUCCUGUCCACGCUCCUGGGGAACACGCUGGUCUGUGCUGCCGUUAUCAGGUUCCGACACCUGCGGUCCAAGGUGACCAACUUCUUUGUCAUCUCCUUGGCUGUGUCAGAUCUCUUGGUGGCCGUCCUGGUCAUGCCCUGGAAGGCAGUGGCUGAGAUUGCUGGCUUCUGGCCCUUUGGGUCCUUCUGUAACAUCUGGGUGGCCUUUGACAUCAUGUGCUCCACUGCAUCCAUCCUCAACCUCUGUGUGAUCAGCGUGGACAGGUAUUGGGCUAUCUCCAGCCCUUUCCGGUAUGAGAGAAAGAUGACCCCCAAGGCAGCCUUCAUCCUGAUCAGUGUGGCAUGGACCUUGUCUGUACUCAUCUCCUUCAUCCCAGUGCAGCUCAGCUGGCACAAGGCAAAACCCACAAGCCCCUCUGAUGGAAAUGCCACUUCCCUGGCUGAGACCAUAGACAACUGUGACUCCAGCCUCAGCAGGACAUAUGCCAUCUCAUCCUCUGUAAUAAGCUUUUACAUCCCUGUGGCCAUCAUGAUUGUCACCUACACCAGGAUCUACAGGAUUGCUCAGAAACAAAUACGGCGCAUUGCGGCCUUGGAGAGGGCAGCAGUCCACGCCAAGAAUUGCCAGACCACCACAGGUAAUGGAAAGCCUGUCGAAUGUUCUCAACCGGAAAGUUCUUUUAAGAUGUCCUUCAAAAGAGAAACUAAAGUCCUGAAGACUCUGUCGGUGAUCAUGGGUGUGUUUGUGUGCUGUUGGCUACCUUUCUUCAUCUUGAACUGCAUUUUGCCCUUCUGUGGGUCUGGGGAGACGCAGCCCUUCUGCAUUGAUUCCAACACCUUUGACGUGUUUGUGUGGUUUGGGUGGGCUAAUUCAUCCUUGAACCCCAUCAUUUAUGCCUUUAAUGCUGAUUUUCGGAAGGCAUUUUCAACCCUCUUAGGAUGCUACAGACUUUGCCCUGCGACGAAUAAUGCCAUAGAGACGGUGAGUAUCAAUAACAAUGGGGCCGCGAUGUUUUCCAGCCAUCAUGAGCCACGAGGCUCCAUCUCCAAGGAGUGCAAUCUGGUUUACCUGAUCCCACAUGCUGUGGGCUCCUCUGAGGACCUGAAAAAGGAGGAGGCAGCUGGCAUCGCCAGACCCUUGGAGAAGCUGUCCCCAGCCCUAUCGGUCAUAUUGGACUAUGACACUGAUGUCUCUCUGGAGAAGAUCCAACCCAUCACACAAAACGGUCAGCACCCAACCUGAACUCGCAGAUGAAUCCUGCCACACAUGCUCAUCCCAAAAGCUAGAGGAGAUUGCUCUGGGUCUUGCUGUUAAGAAACUAAGGUACGGUGAGACUCUGAGGUGUCAGGAGAGCCCUCUGCUGCUUUCCAACACACAACUAACUCUGUUUUCAAAUACAUUCCAGUGUAUUUUCUGUGUUGUUCAUAGUCAAUCAAACAGGGACACUACAAACAUGGGGAGCCAUAAGGGACAUGUCUUUGGCUUCAGAAUUGUUUUUAGAAAUUUAUUCUUAUCUUAGGAUUUACCAAAUAGGGCAAAGAAUCAACAGUGAACAGCUUCACUUAAAAUCAAAUUUUUCUGGGAAGAAAAGGAGAUGGGUUGAGUUUGCUGUAUACAAACAGGUGCUAACACUGUUCCCAGCAAAGUUUUCAGAUUGUAAAGGUAGGUGCAUGCCUUCAUAAAUUAUUUCUAAAACAUUAAUUGAGGCUUACAGUAGGAAUGAGAAAUUUUUUUCCAGAAUUGAGAGAUGUUUUGUUGAUAUUGGUUCUAUUUAUUUAUUGUAUAUAUGGAUAUUUUUAAUUUAUUAUAUAAUAAAUAUAUAUUUAUCAUAUUUAAUAGGAUAAAUUAAUGAGUUUUAUCCAAGACCUUACAACCACAUUUCUGGCCAUUUAACUAGCACUUUAUAAGCCAAUGAAGCAAACACACAGACUCUGUGAGAUUCUAAAUGUUCAUGUAUAACUUCUAGAAACACAGCAGAAACUGAUAAGGGAAUAAAGUUGAAAUGAUUCCUUAAAAUUCAUGGACACAGAUAAAUGCAAGGUGAGAAUUGACAAAUGCUAUAAAUGCUUUCUUUUUCUGAAAAGAUUUUGAAAAAUUUAAAAAAGUGUAGCUACUGCUGUGUUCAAAACGUUUUAAAUGACAAAAGACUUUCCCAGGGGAAUUUGCAGUUCUGUAAAUAUCUUAAAUAAAAGCCAACUUAAGAAGAACCCAGCAUUAAAUUUACGAUCUUAGGUGGUAAUGAAAAGUAUAUGCUGCUUUGUAUUUAUGUAAAAUAAUUGGCCCUCUCCAUCUUUUCUCAUUUCAUGUGUCAGGUAGUUUUUCUGAACCACACAAAUGGCUUUCCUGGAGAGAGAUCUGUAGCACAGACAGUGGGUUACAGCAGCCCCACUGAGGGACCAAACUCAAACCCUGCAUUUCCAUCUUACCAGGUCAAACCAAACCAGUCAGUGGGGCUACUUUUUAUAGUGCUUUAAUCCGAAUUUAGAGCUGAUUUUUAAAGGAGUCUUUAAAUGUUAAUUGUAUACUAACAAACGAAUAGUGCCUCAUUAUCAUCCUUGAGUCAGAUACUUCUGUUGGUGGGAGAAACAGAAGAAUCCUUCCCUUUCGGUGUGUUGAGCUCCCCCAAAGCCAUCAGCAUCUCUUUUGACAAAUGCUAGUCCUUUCUCUGUGCUUUGGAAUCAGGUUCCUGCAUCAUCACCCGGACUGUAAAAAGUAUCAUAAGCCUCCCUUGCCAGAUGCCAACUCGUGGGGCAUUUCAACAGAGUUUCUUUGAAAUGUUUACAACGUAUUCUUCUUGAUAAGCAAUGAACUUAACAUUUAGAUGCAAUCCGUGAAAAGAAAAAAAAUCUGAAAAAUAUCUCCUGCAUCAGGUCUGUGUUAUUUAUGUAUUGUGAAUGUUUUCUUAAUUUUAUUGGCUGUAUGCUUUCUUACACAUAAUAAAAAUAUUUUGUGAACUCAAA